UCCUCUGGCUGGGGUUAGUUGUGGUCUCUGCCGGGGAAAGAAGCAUGAGGACACCCAGUGUUACUCCAAAAUCCGCCCCUCACGCCUACACCGGAAGCUGCAGCUCCAGCAGCGGAAGAGGCGCGACCUGGUUUUUGAGUCGCUAUGUCCACGAACAACAUGUCGGACCCACGCAGGCCCAACAAAGUGCUGAGGUACAAGCCCCCGCCAAGCGAGUGUAACCCGGCCUUGGACGACCCCACGCCAGACUACAUGAACCUGCUGGGGAUGAUCUUCAGCAUGUGCGGGCUCAUGCUCAAGCUGAAGUGGUGUGCUUGGGUCGCUGUCUACUGUUCCUUCAUCAGCUUUGCCAACUCCCGGAGCUCAGAGGACACCAAGCAGAUGAUGAGUAGCUUCAUGCUGUCCAUCUCCGCAGUGGUGAUGUCCUAUCUGCAGAAUCCCCAGCCCAUGACGCCCCCCUGGUGAUAUCAGCCUGGAGGAUUGGCACCCUGGGCCCACCUCCCUGUCCACCUCCUCCUUGGCCUGGCCUUGGGCCACAGCUGCAGGGCCAGACUUGCGUGAUGCCAGGAGCAUGGCUCUUUCCCUGGGGUCCCACUUCUGUUGGGGUACAGCCUGGAAAACCUUAGGCACCCUGUCCUGCCUGCUGCCGGGGGACCAGCUGGUCGUGGUUCCAGGGAUACUCACUUGUUUUCCCGUGGAAACCAAUUAGUAAUAAAUAAAGUUUUUCCCUCUGGG